AUGAAUACAAUAGAAAAAGAAAAUCAUUGUAGAGUUUAAGGCUAAAGUGAAUUUCAGAAAUAAAUGAAUCUCAAAUAUAUUUAUUCAAGAUAUAAGCCAACAAAUUAAACAUCUCCAAUAGCUGAAGAAAAUAAACUCAUCUAAAAUUAAUAAUCUAAUUAGGCUAAUUCAGUUCAAACUAUUCCUUAAUUAAAACCUUAAACCUUAAAACCAUAAGUAUAAGUGAUAUCCUAACAACCAAUACAAAAUUAAUAAAUAUAAUAACAAUAAUAACAAUAGUAACCAUAAUAACCAUAAUAACCAUAAUAACCACCUUAAUAAAAGAGAAUUAGAAUUCUAGAAGUAAAGGACAUGUAUUGA